UCGCGCGGCUCAGGACACAGCCGGUGGCCGCCGCCCCCGCCUAAUACACUCCUUUCAUUCCAUGUGCUAUAUGUUCCACAUGUAUGUUGGAGUACGUGCCGGAGGGGGUAUUGGUGAUGAAAUCGAAGAUCCAGCUGGUGAUGAAUAUGAGAUAUAUCGAAUCAUCUUUGACAUCACCUUCUUCUUUUUUGUAAUUGUCAUUCUCUUGGCCAUAAUACAAGGUUUAAUCAUCGAUGCUUUUGGGGAACUAAGAGACCAACAGGAACAGGUCAAAGAAGACAUGGAGACCAAGUGCUUCAUCUGUGGGAUAGGCAAUGAUUACUUUGACACCGUGCCACAUGGCUUUGAAACCCACACUUUACAGGAACACAACUUGGCCAAUUAUCUGUUUUUUCUGAUGUAUCUCAUAAACAAAGAUGAAACAGAGCACACAGGACAGGAAUCUUAUGUUUGGAAGAUGUAUCAAGAAAGGUGCUGGGAAUUUUUCCCAGCCGGAGACUGUUUCCGGAAACAGUAUGAAGACCAGCUAAAUUAAUCUCAGUCCAAGAUCACCACCAAAAACCAAAACACACACACAUGCACACACACACAGACACUCUCUUUGUCUCUGUCCUUCUGUUUCUAGACUCUGUCUCUCUGUUCUCUUGGAAACAUCUUGCUGAUGUGAACUGCCAGCGUUACAUGCUUUCUUGGAGUAGUGAAGCUGUGUUUCUGAAGACCUGACUCUGCUUUUCCCCCCACCUAGGGUAUUUUCUUUAAGAAUAAUGACUGAAGAAUAAGCUAAAUUCAUACACAGACAAAAUAGGAAUUUUGAAAAGAAAAACAUUCUGGAGAUUCUCAAUCAUUAUUAUACAGACAGAUUUCCUUCUGGGACUCCUGGAAAUCUGCUUGCACUCUGGACAUUCACAGGGAAGCGUGGCAGCCACACUCAUUCAGCAUCUUUAUUUCACCAUCCGGAAAGGAACUCUCUAAUGGUCACAGAGCACUGUAGCACUUACCAGAUUGCUGUGGACACCAGUUACGAAGGGAAAUAGUGCCUUACUAUAUGUGGGUUGAGCUAUGCAGAAGAUACGUGCAUGAAAAAAAAAUCUUUAUUUUCUUUAUGUCGACUUUUUUUCUUAGUUAGAUUGACUUUUGUGAGUUUUCUUUUUUUUUUUCUUUCAUGCUUUUCUUCGGUGGGGGAGGGUAAGAAAAGCAGUUUGUGUGCACCUUUUGAAAAAGACGGGUGGCCUGUCUCAGGACGAGAGGAGGUUCUUCUCAUUCAUCCAAAUUCCCACUUCCCCUCCCCCUGUGCUCCUGCUGUUAUUUUGGUAAUGCUCUGAUGCAAUAUUGCAACUUUAUGAAAUCUUUGUAUGAAAACAAAAAGACUGCAAAAAAUACACUUUCAAAAGAAAUAAUUUAUUGCAUGUUUAUUAUGCAAGUUUAAACAAACCAAGAAAACUUUCAGAAGCAAGUUGAUCCACGUGAGAGAAUUUUCAUGAUAAUUAUAUUCAUAGUAAUAAAGUGUUGUGGGCUUAAUUGUGUAUUUGGAGCCAGUGUCAUCCACCAACAAUAUGAUACAUUAUGAACUUGACAGUAGUUUGAGUUUUUCUCUUUCUUUCAGCCACCUGUGAUCAGUUGUGGAUUAAGGACUUCUUUUCAGGCCAUUUUUUAAAUAUCAAAGCUGAAGCAAUAUCCAUUCAGGGAUUUCACCAGUUGCAUCAAAAAACAUGGAUGAUAUCAAUCACUCCAUUUUGAGUCCUUUUAAAUGUGAUGUGAAUCUUUACAAAUAAAAAGAUUCAGAAUGGAAGCAAGGUCAUUUUGCAAAUAUUGGCGCUCUUUUAUUACAAGUCUGCUUGUUAAUUUUAGAAUUGUAAAACUGCUCUGAUUAAACUAUUUAACUAACUUUCUCA